UCUAUUAAUUUAUUAGCCCUCCAAAGUGUCCAUACUCCAUAUAAAUCAUUCUCCAUGUACCUCUACCAUCCAUAACAUUCUUCAAACAAAACCCAAACUUCAGAAGAAAAAAAAUUAAAAUAAAAUAAUGGCGAUAAAGAGGUCAUCUCAGGCAGCAUCAAUAAAGGAAAUUUUAAAGAGAUGCUCGAGUUUAGGGAAGAAGAAGAACGUCGCCGGUUGCUACUAUAAACAAGAAGAUGUUCUUCCUCAAGACGUGCCCAAAGGUCAUUUUCCGGUUUACGUUGGACCAAACCGAAGUCGGUACAUCGUUCCCAUCUCGUGGCUCGAACACUCCGAGUUUCAAACGUUGCUUCGAUUAGCCGAGGAAGAGUAUGGUUUUGACCAUAAUAUGGGUGUAAUCAUACCCUGUGAUGAAGUGUUCUUUAGGUCUCUAAUAUCUAUGUUCAGAUAAAUUCAAUCGGGGACUGGAGAAUCAAAGAAGGAUGGCUUUAGUUACAAGAUGAUUGAUUAUUUUUUUGUGAUGAUUAGAAGAAGCAAUCUCUAUAUUUUUUUCCUUUUUCAAAAAUUAAAGUUUGUAGUUUUUUUCUUUCCUAAAAUAUUUUGUAGUAGUUGGGUGGGCUGGGAGACUUCUUUUCCAAGUCAACGUUAAUGGCCAACGUGACAUGUAGACUGGUGAUCUUGAGAAGAGUAGCGAUAAUUAACUCUCCUUCUUCAUAGUAAAUGUUAAAUUUAUAAUUGCACUGGA